UAUAUGUGAUAUCAUCAAUAUGUGCGAUUAAUUGAAGUGUCUCAGAACUACGUCGUUUUCCAAAAGGUAAUUUAAAUAUUACGAGAUGACUUCCUUCUAAAGCAAGACUACCAGCAUACAUAAAAGCACGUCUCAAUCACUCCAUUUUGCCACAUCCCUCAGUGCUGAAAACCUCUUACAAAAACAAAGCACAAAAAUUCACCUUUUAAACUUUCUACAUCAUUUCCCAUUUCCCACGCACCUUACCCGUUGCUUUACGCAACUCUCAAUCCCAUUCUGCUUCUUCUUCCUCGUCCGCGUUCCAUCUCGACCAGAUCAGAUCAGAUCAGCCGCUGCAAAAAUCAUUUUUAUGUGAUCGGAAACCCAGAAUUUACACCUCCCUGAUCGGAUUUCUAUUCCCCCCCAUCGUCAAAGAUGAACAUAACGAUCCACCGUUUAGAUCUCCCUACGCUACUGCUCGUGUUCUUCGCCGUAGCCGCCGUCUCCGCUCCGCGGAAGCUCGACGAGAACCCAACGCCGACAGCACCCGUCAACGGCGUGAAGUGCCUCCCGUGUACCCAGAGCCCGCCGCCGCCGUCACCCCCGCUGCCGCCGCCGCCGCCGCCGCCGUCCCCGUCCCCUCCUCCGCCGACUCCCAAGAAGCCGCCAGUCGGCCCGGAAUGCCCGCCACCGCCUGCCGCCCUAACCCCGCCGUCUCCGGUGGUGCCUGAUAUAUUCAUACCGCCGGGUCCGCCGGGGAACUUGUAUCCCAUCUUGCCCCUGAAUUCGGUUGGCGGCCAGAGCUUCGCUGCCGGGUUGCCGGCGUUGGUUGGGUUGGGGUUGGUGGGUUUGGUGGCGCUUUGGUGAGUUUUUGGUAAUUUGAGAUUUGAAGGAAGGGAAGUGCGCGGAUUUGGUCAGCUCAAGAAUUGAAGUUGGACCGAGUUAGAAAGAUUUCCAUGGACGGGAGGAUUUUCAAUUUUAUGCAAAAGUUUUUAAUGAUUCUGCUUAUUGGUACUCACUUACUUUAAUUAGCAAUUUCAGUGCUUCAUAAUUUCAAUAACAAUCGUCCAUUUCAUGGUUGUUUUGUAUGUAAGGCUUUAUAUGAAAAUUGAAGAUGGAUCACAAAUUCAAGCGGUUGACUA